UUUCACAGGCGUGCUGCAGGAUUGACUGAAGAGGUGCGUGGCUGCGCGCAACUUCAGAGUGACCACAAGGACGGAUUUUGCCCGUGUUGAAAAGGGACCGCGACAAGAACAACAUGACGGGCCAAGUGGGAGAAUACAGCACGUCCUGCAAUGCUUUUGUCUCCCGCCAGAGCACCACUUCAGUCACUCUGAUGCUUUAUUAGGCCCAGGAAGCCCCUCCGGUGGGGAGGGGUGGGACGGCAGACAUUCUGAUUGGUCCUCAGGAGCCCUAUGUGGAGCUGUCCACCAAUUGAAUUUGCGUCAGGGAACACUGCGGAUCAUUGCAGAUACAUUGAAAAGUCUUAUUCACAAGAGUGAUCUCCAUCAUGGAGGUGCCCACGAUGCUUCCACCUGUGCCCUUCCCUCGCACUAUUUUUAAUCCCUCGCUGUCUCCUCUGGGCGCCACGGAGAACCUCCCCCAGAAUGAGCCGCCACCAGAACAUGAAAAGCUCCAGGAGGAGAACGAUUUGGAAGACGAUGCAUUUGGAGAGGAUGAAGAGGAGAAAAGUCCCGAUGCGAUGGUUCCCUCGGGGGAGGAGGUGGAAAAGAUGGCGGAGGAGGAGAAGGUGGCGAAAGAGAGAGCGGCACAGAGGCAGCUGAUGUCCAUCCAGGAGCUGGUGCAGUCUGAGAGGAAUUACCUGAGAAUGCUGCAGGUCAGCAUGCUCACCAUCAGGAGCAACCUGCAAAAAUUACAGCCUCCGUUGGCCAACCUGGACAGCAUGUUCCUGUACGUGCAGGAUGUGAUGGAUGUGUCCAGUCGUUUCCUCAGUCUGCUAAAUCAGAAGCAGCUUCAGCCCGGAGAGCCGGUCUUCCUGGAGACGCUGUGUGACGCGUUCCUCAGCCUGUCCUCCAAUAUCGAGGCAGCCUACAAGGAGUACCUGGCCAACUACAACCGUGUUACCAUGGUGGAGAACUCCUAUAAACAGAAGGAGGCGCUCUGGGAGCAGAUUGUCCAAGUCAUCAAGACAUCAGCGCCUGAAGUGAAUGCCAGUUCCCUGAGUUUCUUUCUGGUGAUGCCAGUGCAGCGUAUUGCUCGCUAUCCUCUCCUGCUGCAGACAAUCCAGAAGCACACGGACUCACAGCACCAGGCAUACACGCUGCUGGAAAAGACGGCACACACCUCCAUUGCCAUAAACUGUCGCAUCAAUGAGUACAAGCGCUUCCGGGAAGUCGCCGACAAGUACAAGAAGAGCGAGGCGUUGAGCAUCAUGGACAAGAUAAACCGAUUGAAUUCACACAGCAUUGCUAAGAAAACAGCCAGGAUCGGACAGUUCAUCAAACAUGAGACCGGCAUAGUUCCCAAGCUAGUGGAUGAGGAAUUUGAUGCACUAGAAGACUUCUUUUCUGUCCUUGAGCACGGCACCUUGCAACUCCUAGACAAUGUGGAGCUCUACCUCCAUCACCUCCAGACUUUCCUGGACUGCAAAACGGAGGCGUUUGACUUGGACAUGGAUGGCGAGAAGGUGCCCAUUUGCUAUAAGGAGAUCACCACUGGACUCAGACAGUGGAUCCUACCUGAAUUUGAAAAGAGGAUUAGGACGUUGAUCCACAAACCUUUGUGUGCACUCCGUGACCUCCUGGCAGGCCCAAGGAACCUGAUCCGUAAGCGGCUGCAUAAGCUGCUUGACUAUGAAAUGAUCGAGGCCAAGUCUUCCCUCAGCUACGAUGAGCAGGCCAUUGCCAACACGUAUAGGACGAUGAACACGUUGCUGCUUAAUGAGCUCCCCAAAUUUAACACCUUAGCGUUGCAAAUGAUCUGGAGCAUGUUGGGAACAUUCAGUUGCCUCCACAAAGACCUUGCCUCCGACUUGGAGCAGCUCUUCCUGAGCUUUGCGCAACAGCUUCCUCACAGCUCUUUAGACACUGGUGCAUUCUGGGAAUGGGCUGAGAUGGCGGUGCUGGCAGAGGCGAGGAGGCUGGAUACUUUGGGUCAAAGUGUGGAGCAAACGCUACUGCGGCCCGCCUCUCUGCCCCUAAACUCGUCCUCGCAGCAGCGACUCCAGCAGUUGACGAACAAGCACAGUUCCGACAAGAUCUACCAGGUGCUGAGCGCUGUGGUGGGCACCCGAGACCUGGACCUUAACCUCGCCAAGGGAGAGCUCGUGGCCGUCAUCAGCCAGGCAGAUACCCGCGGAGACAAACGAAGGUGGCUUGUCGAUGCCGGAGGCAGACGGGGCUAUGCGCCAGCCUCCAGGUUGAUCCGCUAUCACCAGGCAGAAGAGGAGCCACCCCCCUCACCUCAUCUGAACCUCCCGCAGGGUGACUGUGGCAUCAGGAGACACUCGUAUACGACAGAGCUUCAGCGCACAACCCCAACAGCAGCUGGAGUGGCAUUUAGCCAGCCGUGCUUCCAGGUGUUUGCGGCUUAUGGUUUCACGGCACGAGGGAACCACGAAGUUUCUGUGGCAGCAGGAGAGCCGGUGCGCGUACUUGAGCCUCAUGACAAGCGGGGCAACCGCGAGUGGAGCCUGGUGGAGGUGCGAGGUCGACAGAGGGGCUACGUGCCCUCCAACUAUCUCGCCGUGGCUCCAAUCGCGGGCGUGGUGACCAACCAACAGCCAUUCUGCUAGCACAUCUGUGGUGGCACUUCCUGUGCAAGAUGUCAACCGUGAAGAAAUAGAUGCAUGUAAAAGGCGCACUGGUUACAACUAGUAGAACCACGUCCAGAACCAGGUAAAAGAAAAAAAAAGAACUUGAAAACAGUCAACAGUAAAGAAAAAUAUAAAUGGUAAAAAUCAUGAUAAUGCAGCCACAACCAUGUCAAUAUCAGUCACAAUGCAAGUGGCUGUACUGUCAGGUCAAAAAAAUAACAAACAGACAAGAACCCCUCCCAAAAAAGACUUAAGACUUUGUGUUUGACCUUUUUUUAUUCGUUUUGCUAAGUGCUAACUUUGUUCUGGACUAUUUAUUUAUUAUUUACUUCGAUCUAAACUUUUGUUGGUUGUUUUUGACUGCAUCUUGACUUCUUAUUUGACUUGUGACUGUGAUUAGACUUCCUUUUUGAUUGUUCUUAAAUUGUGUCCAUAUCACCCCGAAUUGUGGAAGGUAUUUCCCCCUAACGCAUCCUCCGUGGAGUCGGCAGGCUGACUGUGUUGUUAACGAGCUAGCAGCUAUGCUGGCGUCACUGCAUGGACACUGAAGGACCUAUGCUGUUUGUUGCCAAGGAGAUGGUCUCACUCAAUGCCAGUUACAGGACUGUGAAGGGACGACGCUAUGGGAUGUCGAUGAUAUGAAGGAAAGAACACUUUGGCUUUUUGUCUUCUCUGUGCAUUUUUGUCCUUGUUUUAUGUUGUUGUUGUUGGUGGUGGUGGUUUUUUAACAAAGGACUUAUAAUAUCAUUGCCGAAAGACGUGUCAGCAUUUGGUAGGACUGAAACUGUAAAUACAGUGCUGCCUUGAGAUAUGAGGGAUCGACUCGGGAGUUUUAUGCGAUAGUCGUUUGGUCAAAUUUUUAUUUUGACGCGAGAGCACAAACUUGAGACAACGUUUGCCAAAUAGUCAACAAUUCAUCAUUAAGCGGUUUCGAGCUAUUUAAUGCCUCUCCCAGAUGAAGCUUACUGUCAAAGUAAACAUGUUUACUUUUUCUUUAAAAUGUUUACAUUGUGUAUUUACAACAACUACAUAGUUUAAGCAUCUCCAUCCACCCAUUAUCAGAACCGCUUUAUCCUCACGAGGGUCACAGACUUGCUGGAACCUAUCCCAGCUGUCAAUGGGGAGUAGGCAGGGUUCACCCUGAAAUGGUUGCCAGCCAAUUGCAGGGCACACAUAGACGAACAAUCAUUGCCGUUCACAAUUACACCUAGGGACAAUCUGGAGCGCUGUGUCAAACCCAAUGCCCGGGGGCCAGAUCCGGCCCAACAGGUCAUUUUAUGUGGCCUGCAAAAGCAAAGCAUGUGUGUUAAUUUGCUAAAAUCUGUAACGAAAUGUCAAAUUGUCACGUAAACUAAAUUUACGUGACACGUAUUUAUUUUGUAAUAAUUUUGUGACCCAGUUUACACUCACUCACUUGAACAAUAAUUGAACAAACUAUUAUAAGUGACUUGACUGAUUUCAAAACUAAUAAUCUAUUAAUUUGUUGUGUAGAAGUGGUUUCACUGUCAUAACGGCCCUCUGAAGGAAGGCGUAACUCCAAAUUGACCUGCGACUAACAUGGGUUUGACAGCCCUGCUCUAGAAUGUUCAAUUAAUGUUGAUGCAUGAUUUUUGAAUGUGGAAGGAAACCGGACUAUUCGGAGAAAACCCACACAGGCACAGGGAGAACAUGCAAACUCCACACAGGAAGGCCAGGGCCUGGAGUCGAAACCUGGGCCUCUGCACUGUGAGGCAGACAUGCUAACCAAUCAUCCAGUGUGACACGACCUUAAGUCCGCUUGACUAAAUUCUAAAAAAUUAUGCUAGAUGCCAUUGAUAUACAAACAAAUUUUGAACAAACGGAGGACUGGCACAUGUAGACAGACAAUAUAAAUACUCACUGACGUACUGCAAUUUCUGAAGAAUAACACAUUUUUUGCAUGAAAUAAAUAAAUCAACGUGGUGUGAUAUAAAUGUGUUCAUACAAAAGCAAGACAAUUUCUCACAAUGUAUAAACGUUUACUGGUACCAAGGGCUUGUGAAAACGGUGUAUUUUCAUUCCAAUGUGACACGUGAUGUCUAAUUCUACAAACGAAUCCAUAACAUUUGCUACUCACCGGAAAAUCAAAGACCAUUAUUAUAAUAAACACGAUGACACACUGGAAAAAUUCCACAUACAGAAUUAAAAAAAAAAAGUCCUCAUUUACUCAUGGGCAAUGGGCUCCUUUCCCCAAUUAUUCAAUGUCAGUGCCACCUUGCAUGAUAUAGACAAACACAAAUAUAGAAAUAAUCUAAUACAAAAAGGCUUUUGGAUUGCAAAUUAUAUACAUAUACAUAUCAAAUUUGAUUCUGCCAAUCAAUUAAUUGCCCUGGUGCAUGCUUGAAAUAUUAACAAACAUAAGUGGGUUACAUCGUACAGUGUGUCUGUUUAUGUGUUGCCAGUAUUAACAGUGUACAAUUUUGCUUUGGUUCUGUAUAUCGUAUAUAUUUUUUUAACUGUUGUUUUUGAUGAUUAACUUAUUGGCGACGUCACAAUUGUCUAUCUCGUUGAAUGUAGCAACACACCAAAGCUAAAGAUACUUCAAUAAAGCUACGGAAUCCAACUCA